AUGCUUCCCCCAGAGGUGUGGCGGCUCAUUGCUGGCCACAGGGCCAUGCAGGCGCGCACGCUGGAUGUUGGGGUGCUCACAGAAGCCCAGGAAAUUGACAUUGGUACCGCUCUGCUGCGGGCAGACAGCAACUGGGAGAGGCUCAAGACUCUCAGCAUCAUCCAGCUGCAGAGUGUGAUGCUGAAAAACCUUGUGCCAGGCUCUCUGACGCUGCCGCAAAGCGCAGCACUGCAUCCGUCUCUGCUUUGGGAGCCCGCGGAUUUCUGA